AUGGUUGAAGCGAAAGCUGGAUCACUGUCAUUUCUCACCAACAAUGCCAUUGCAGCAACGAUCGCAGACAGCUAUGCAGUCUUCUCGGAGCGGAGGAAAGCCCUGAAGCUCACAAAUCCUGGCACUGUGGACAACAUAGCCCGAGAAAUACAGAAAGAUGUUCUUUGCACCAAUUUCAUGUUCCAAGGCCUUCGUGCCGACUUCCAAAAGGUUUUCAGUCUCGCUCCUCUAUUUCGCAUACAGCAUGGUUUUCAGAUGGGACCGAACGUUCCGUCACCCUACAACUUGAUGGCACUGUACGGAACUCCAAGUGUUCUAUUACAAGCUGGCCUCUCAAACGAUGGCUCUGCACAAUGCUUCGCUAAUUACCGCUGGUCACCCAAGCUCAUCUCGAAAUCACAAGCGCAGAUAUCAGAAGGACAAGCACUUGUACAACUGGACAGUGAAUAUACUGGGGAUGAUUUCUCUGCGUCGAUUAAAGCCAUGAAUCCCUCGAUUCUGGAUGGAUCCUUAACAGGUAUCUUCAUCGGUAAUUACCUCCAAACCAUUACUCCAAGGGUUUCUCUGGGAGCCGAGGGUGUGUGGCAGCGACAAGCGCUCAAUGCGCGUCCAGAAACUGCCAUAUCAUACUGUGGACGAUACAAGGGUGAUGAUUGGAUUGCUAGCGCACAAUACAUGGCUCAAGGGAUCUUGAAUAUCUCAUACUGGAGGCAACUUACGGCACAAGUCGAAGCUGGUGUGGAUACUCAAUUACAAUUUGCGCCUGGCCUUGGAGGCAACGGUGGUAUGCUCAGCAGUAUCCGUCGAGAAGGCACUACAACCAUUGGUGCAAAGUAUGAUUUCCGGGCCUCUACGUUUCGUGCGCAGGUCGACAGCACAGGCAAGGUUGGUUGCUAUCUGGAGAAGCGAGUGGCGCCGGUCGUCACCAUGACUUUUGCUGGAGAAAUUGAUCAAGUAAAGCAAACAUCCAAAAUUGGGUUGGCGGUGUCCAUUGAGGCGGCACCAGAAGAGCUCAUGGAAGCCUCUGAAAAAGUUGAAGCUCCGAAUCCUCCCUACUAG